GAAGGCAUGGGAUCUGGUCCAAUGCUAUACGGGGACCAGAGUAAAGGACAAUACUAAUGGGUCUCCAGCCCCAUUUAAUUGCAUAUGGGCAGUUGAGUCGGAAGAGUGUUUAAGUAUAAGGGUCAUUGAGCUUAUAACAGAUCAAUGACUUUCCUAACUGAUGAAAACACCGACCUAAUGUAUGGUUGUUACAAAGAAACUUAGCUGUUCUUUUUCCCACCCUUCUCUGCAAUGUCUCUCCUUCUGUGCCCCCUUACCCCACUUUACACUCGUUUACACGGAAGUGCAUGGAGACCGACCGACCGAGGAGGCUGACUCUCUGAUUGCUUUGCGCAAAAUCCACUCCUCUCCUCCCUCCUCUCUAGCCUCUGGAUCCCUCGCAGCCCGCGCGCUCCCUCCCUUUCACCCAGAGAGUGGCGCUUUGGGAAGCUAGAGAUGCGCCUCUGUGUACUUCUAAGGUGGGAGGGGGCUACAAGCAGAGGAGAAUAUCAGACGCUCAGACGUUCCCUUCUGCCUGCCGCUCUUCUCUGGUUCCACUAGGGCUGGUCCAUGUAAGAAUCUGACGGAGCCUAGGGCAGCUGUGAGAGGAAGAGGCUGGGGCGCGUGGAACCCGAAAAGUCUGGGUGCUGCUCUCAGUUACAGCCUACCUAGUCCGCAGCAGGCCUUCAGCACCAUGGACAGCAGCAUCGGCCCAGGGAACACCAGCGACUGCUCAGACCCCUUAGCUCAGGCAAGUUGCUCCCCAGCACCUGGCUCCUGGCUCAACUUGUCCCACGUUGAUGGCAACCAGUCCGAUCCAUGCGGUCUGAACCGCACCGGGCUUGGCGGGAGCGACAGCCUGUGCCCUCAGACCGGCAGCCCUUCCAUGGUCACAGCCAUUACCAUCAUGGCCCUCUACUCUAUCGUGUGUGUGGUGGGCCUCUUCGGAAACUUCCUGGUCAUGUAUGUGAUCGUAAGAUAUACCAAAAUGAAGACUGCCACCAACAUCUACAUUUUCAACCUUGCUCUGGCAGACGCCUUAGCGACCAGUACACUGCCCUUUCAGAGUGUCAACUACCUGAUGGGAACAUGGCCCUUCGGAACCAUCCUCUGCAAGAUCGUGAUCUCAAUAGAUUACUACAACAUGUUCACCAGCAUAUUCACCCUCUGCACCAUGAGCGUGGACCGCUACAUUGCUGUCUGCCACCCAGUCAAAGCCCUGGAUUUCCGUACCCCCCGAAAUGCCAAAAUCGUCAACGUCUGCAACUGGAUCCUCUCUUCUGCCAUCGGUCUGCCUGUAAUGUUCAUGGCAACCACAAAAUACAGGCAGGGGUCCAUAGAUUGCACCCUCACGUUCUCCCACCCGACCUGGUACUGGGAGAACCUGCUCAAAAUCUGUGUCUUUAUCUUCGCCUUCAUCAUGCCGGUCCUCAUCAUCACUGUGUGUUAUGGACUGAUGAUCUUACGACUCAAGAGCGUUCGCAUGCUAUCGGGCUCCAAAGAAAAGGACAGGAAUCUGCGCAGGAUCACCCGGAUGGUGCUGGUGGUCGUGGCUGUAUUUAUCGUCUGCUGGACCCCCAUCCACAUCUACGUCAUCAUCAAAGCGCUGAUCACGAUUCCAGAAACCACUUUUCAGACCGUUUCCUGGCACUUCUGCAUUGCUUUGGGUUACACGAACAGCUGCCUGAACCCAGUUCUUUACGCCUUCCUGGAUGAAAACUUCAAGCGAUGCUUCAGAGAGUUCUGCAUCCCAACCUCGUCCACGAUCGAACAGCAAAACUCCACUCGAGUCCGUCAGAACACUAGGGAACAUCCCUCCACGGCUAAUACAGUGGAUCGAACUAACCACCAGCUAGAAAAUCUGGAGGCAGAAACUGCUCCAUUGCCCUAACUGGGUCUCACACCAUCCAGACCCUCGCUAAGCUUAGAGGCCGCCAUCUACUUGGAAUCAGGUUGCUGUCCGGGUGUGUGGGAGGCUCUGGUUUCCUGGGAAACCAUCUGAUCCUGCAUUCAAAGUCAUUCCUCUCUGGCUACUUCACUCUGCACAUGAGAGAUGCUCAGACUGUAUCAAGCACUCAGAAAGAAGAGACUACAGGACACUCCUGAAUCCAGCUCAUGUACAGAACCAUCUGAAACACCCAGUGGACCACAAUGCUCUGUGGUAUGUGAAUUGCGACCAUCAUAGAAGGUGACCCCUCUCUAUGUAGAAUUUUUAUUUUUCAAGCAAAUACUUAUGACCUCAUCAAAGAAAAUAAUGUCACUUGUUAAAUUCACUGUAGUGAUACAUAAAGUAAAUGCUACCUCUGACCUCUGACCCAGUCACCUUCUGUAGAGAGUUCCAGUCCUUUUAGUCUUUUGUGAUGGAAUACAUCAUUUCCAACUUAAAACUUUCACCUUGAAGUUAUGGUAUAGUUAACACAUCAGGGGCACCUCCGUUUCUUGGUUUUGUAUUGUUUGAAAGAAGACAACAUCUUCCUCCUUAGCUGUGUGUUGAAAAUGAAAGGGAUUGAAAGCACAGUGUCAACUGCAGAAUGGUUGAUUCUCACUCUGAAAGGAUUUACUUCGAGUUAUAAUGUGGGAGUUAGGAGAGGGACUGUUUUUUCCUAAUUCCCGUGAUGUCCUCUAAGUGUUCACAAGGUCAAGUUCAUAAGGUCACCCAGUGAGUUCAUCAUGCUAUCAUUCUGAGCAGGAAGCCAAGAAUUUCGCUCUCUUCAUUUUUUUCAGGAAUUUCUCCACACUGCAUGCUCUUUUGUAUUAUUUUCCCUGAUGCCUUCUGAAACAGCACGAUCAAACAACAGAUGUUUUCCUUGAGUGCCAGGAAAGUUUAAGCACUUUUAAAAUAUGAAACCGAUAAACAUAAUUACAAGACAGACUCAACCGUAUAGGAAAAAACAUGUGAUGGGUUUUUCAACCCUAUAUUGUGACUUGAACAUGAAAUAUUAAGAGUACCCCAAACCUCUUUCCCUAAAGACUUGCAUUGAUGCAAUGUCAUAAUCAUUAUCUUGGUCUUUUUAAAUCUUGGCUAAAUAGCAAGAUUUCCUUGAUAUGAUAUCAAUCUUUCUUGAUUCGAUGUAGCUUCUCAAAGAAAAGUCUUCUCUAGUUUUCUUUGACAUAAUAUGCAGUUGAGAUUUGGUGGAAUCCCAUCUUUAGAUCUGGAGAAAUGGGUGAGCCAGGUGGCCCAUGCAAAGGAACGAACUUUGAACUUUUGUCAGCACUGAUUACAUGAAUUUUGUCAUCGUCUAUGGAGUUGGGAGUAGAAAAGAAAGGCUCUGGUUUCCUUACAAGGGUUCCAGAGACUAAAAGCAGCCAGCAGAUCCAACUAUACAAUGUACAUCCCUUCAUCUGUCUAACAGAUACCAAUAAACCCAAGAUAUCCAAAGGCAGUAUUUCUGGAAGACAGCUGUCAGGGGUCAGAAUAACUGAAUUUACUGUCUCAGCUCUGAUUGGCUGUAAUUACAUGGACCCAGUCAUGUAUCCAUUAGAAGAGGAAAAGGAGUUCUAAGAUAAGUGUUUUAAUGCUUCCUUUCAAUGAUGCCUCUAAUAACCUCCAUUUCUGAGACAUUACAUCCCAGGAUAAAUGGGCAUUACGUUGUACUUCUUACAUUUUCUCAUAGAAGUAAUUAAAACCAGAAUCUUCAAAAGAUUUAGAGUUUUAAAAGGACAAUGCAAUCAGACUCAUUAGGGAGAAAGAAAUAUCCACAUGGAAGUAUUGAAGAAGAGCAUUCCUG